UACAGGAACCCAGAAGGUAGGUGGGGCGGGUCCUGCACAGCUUUCCAAGACGCCCUCCCACCGCGCUAGGCCUGGCUUUCUGCGCCUGUGGACCACUUGUCCCUUUCACGUGCCCUGGAUUUGGACGUGAGCUCGCAAUAUUCGCAGGGACAAAAGCCAGGAUGGAUGUUCAAAAAUGGUAUUUGAGAACUUCAAAGCUGGCUCUGGCCUUGGCAAUUAUCCGCUCAAAACCAGCAGACAAAAGCAGCAGAGAAUACACAGAGCACCUUGCUAUGUUGCUGUCUGAGGAGGAGUCAAAAUGGAGAUCAAAAGUUGAAGUCUUGGAAGCUGAAGUUAUGCAAUUACGUCAAAAACUUCUUGUGGGCAGGCUUUGUUCAGGAUCCUUAAAGAGUGGAAACCUAUCUUCCCAGUUGGAGGCUCAGGAACCUAAGAGUUCUGAAAGUACAUUAACUUCGAUGGAAGAUUCUGGAUGUGAUUUGUCAAAUGAGCAGAGAACUGAAUCCUCAGACCUGUCCCAGCACUUUGUAGAAAGCUGGACCCCCACUCACUUUCCACCACUGCCUCUUGUGAAAAGACCUUGUGCUAUCCUGCAAAAUCCUUUGUCUUCUCACAUGCAAUUCUUGCAAUAUCUUCUUGAAUUAAAGAACUUGACAGAAUCAGGUAAUCUUAAAAGAGACUUAACCCACUUUGAAAAAGACUCUUCCACAGUCUCUGAUUCUGUUUUUCAGUUGCUGGAUGGCCUGAUCACUUUUUACCGUAAUCCCAAACUUCCUUUUUCAAGAUUUUGGACAGAGGCUGUUGGUACUUUAGCUAGUCUGAUCAGUGACUGUAACUUGUCUAGUCAUAUUCUUAAAAAGUGUUCCAAGAAGUUGGAAGAAUUUGAGAAAACCCUACUACAUGCUAUUUUAGGAAACAAUCAUAUAAAUCGGUUUCAGGUGCAGCAUUAUGUCUCUCAGAGUCUGGUAACCCUGGGAAGUUGCAGCUUGUUGAGAAAAUCUAUUAUAUCUCUGCUUCUAUCAGAAGUAAAUGGCUUUGCCGAUGAUCUGGGAGCCAUCAAUCAGGAGCAAGCGAGUUAUGAUGUGUCACGCUAUGAAAACAUUUUCUACCUUUUCUGGGUUCUGGAGCAGCUUCUUCAAAAGGAAACCAAAGAAGGCAACAUUUCAAGUAUAGGUCAUGAUGACCAAGAAAUCAAGAAAUUUCUUCAGAACCAUGAUGAAACUAUUUUCCAACUUUCUGAUGCAUUUCCUUUGUUUACUAUUUAUUUAUGGAGAGUGGGCAUUCUUUUGAACUCAGCACAGAUAGAAUCUCUUAAAAAUAACUCCAUUCCUUAGCAAUUUACCACAUGUUUGAAGCAUAAUAAAGUGGAAUAUAUGAAACUCUCAUACUGAAAAGAUUUUCAAUAGUA